AUGGGUCUGCGCGUGGUGUACCUCGUGGUGAUGGCGGCUGUUCUGGUGGUGGUCACACCCACGCAGGAGGUGAUGAAGAAGCUCACUAUCGGCUUCGGGAGAGCUCUGAGCGAGUGUCGGUCUGAGCUGAACAUGGGCGACCACAUAAUGCAGGACUUCACCAACUACUGGAAGGAGGACUACCAGCUGCUGAACCGCGAGUUCGGCUGCAUGGUGCUGUGCAUGGCGUCCAAACACAACCUGCUGACCGAGGACGGCCUGCAUCACGACAACGCGCACGAGUUCGCCAAGAAACAUGGCGCUGACGACGACACAGCUAAACAGCUAGUGACCAUGCUACACGAAUGCGACAAGAACCCCAACGCGCCCUCCGAUGACGACUGCAUGCGCGCCCUGGAGGUCUCCAAGUGCUUCAAGACCAAGAUCCACGAGCUGAAGUGGGCGCCCAGCAUGGAGGAGAUCAUCGAAGAGAUUAUGACUGAUGUAAAACCAGAAUAAGAAUUCCAAUCAGAAGGAAUAUGACCAAGUGACCGAUGACCAUCGCUACGCCUCCUGGUCAGAUUAAAGUCUCCAGUCGUCAGUUCUCGUCAGCUCAGUCUACAGGGUGUGGUUAUUGUAAUAAAUGCAACAAUAUU